AUGAGUUCCGCAUCCGAUCCAGUGCUGGAAACUGACAUCGGACGAUUUGUUGGCACCCUGUUGACAUUCGAGAGUGGCGUAAAAGUUGAUGCUUUUUAUGGGGUUCCGUUCGCCAAGCCGCCGGUUGGACCACUCAGGUUUGAGGUAAGGUAAGUAAGGGGGAUUCAAGUAUCCUUAGUUUAAGGCCAAAGCGAAGGCAGUUUAUAAUCUCCUUUUAUUUCUUCUGCAAUUUGGCACAGCUUUCGAUAAAACGUAGUUGAAAACACUAGCAACUUUUAGAGACAAGGGGGAUUUUUAGGGGAAAAUGAAUUCAUUUAUUUACGAAUACUUGAAGAUAAUAGUGCCUGAAAGGCUCAGGAAAUGAAACAUGCUUAAAUUUGGUCAUACUAAGCUUAUAGAAACCCAAACCCGUUUGGCUACCGCAAGCUUAUUUUUGGCUUCUUCAAUUUUAUUUAUUCAAAAUGUCCGCUUUUUUGGCAGUAUUAAUGUCUCCGAACAGGAACAUAUGACCCAUAUGAACAUACGUUUCCUUGUUCACGUCGAAAUCACUUUUGAUUUCCAGAAACCUCAAGAUGCCGAGUUCGUCGAAGAAAGAGAGGCAAAAACGAUGCCGAAAGUCUGUAUCCAAGUGUUUUCUCCGUUCGAGCAAAGCGAAGACUGUCUGUACAUGAAUGUCUUCAGACCGCACGAGAAGGUAAGAAAGGGAAUUCCGCAAUAAACUUGAUAUUCCAUACAGAGUGACUCUGUCGGCUAUCCAGGCUUCUUCUAUAUUCAUGGAGGAGCAUAUCAGGUCGGAUACUCCCAUCAACAUACCACUGAUUAUGUUGCUGAGCACUAUGCUGGUCAAGGUAUGACGGUGAUCAUUCCUCACUAUCGUCUUGGAAUUUACGGUGAGCUAUUAGUAAAAAUAUGGAAUUUAUUCUUUCAAGGGUUUGCCGCAACCACGGAUAAAGCCAUCCCCGGCAACUACGGUCUUCACGAUCUCCAUCAAGCCCUCCGUUUUACUCGGCGCAACGCCAAAGGCCUGUAUUUGGACAAUGACAGGAUAACGGUUGGAGGGUAUAGUGCCGGCUCUGCUGCUGCCAGCGCGUUGUCAAUCAGCCCGUUGACGCACAAUCUGUUCAGUCAGGUCGUUCAGUUUAGCGGCUCCACUUUGGCUGAAUGGGCAUUCUCAAAAAGAGGUCUGGAAGUGACUGAUCGGGUUGUGAAAAUCUUGGGAUGCGCGGGCAAGGACGUGAAGGAGUGCAUGAAGAGCAAGACGGUUGAGGAGAUUGAAAACGCUGCGAAACAGGCGGUAAGCAACCCGUUAGUUCUUGAUUUUAGAGACUGGAGAUUGUUACAGUGGGGGACCUGAUCCAGUGGCAAAAAACGUACCAUUUUGCAUCCGGGAAGUAUCCAAAAUGUGGCAAAAUGCUUCCUUCUCGGAAAAACUUCGAUUCUCUUUCUCUUUUUUUGUGAGGGAAUGUGCGCCCUUCAAAACAAAGUUUUUUCACUUGGAGAGGGAGGUAUUUUGCGACAUUUUUUGAUACUUCCUGGUCAAAAUGGUACGUUUUUUCCCACCAGAUCAGGUCCCCCACUGUAGGAAAACAAAACAAUUUUGUAAUCGUCCUUCUUUUUUUAUAUUUUGACACUUGUUUUUAUCUAAUUUUUUUCGAAAAUGAAUGCUUUUUCAGCACGAGUUUGACGGCGAGAUCAACUAUUUCGACUAUUCGCCAACCAUCGACGGUGACUUUAUCCCGGUUCAUCCAUCAUUCCUCAUUUCCUCGGCCAAACCAAAGCCAACUCUUGCGUCGCUCAACGAAAACGAGGGUCUAUUGGGAUGUAAGUUGUUGCUGGAAUUCUUUUAAAAUACUAUCCUUCUUUUAUCAUCCAAUUAAUUUUAUUUUUGACCAUUUACACGCCGCAUGUAUUAGGGUGUCCCAUAAGUCUUGUGCAUUUUUGGGUCGUCGAUUUUUGCGAAUUCCUGUGAGCUUUCUGGCGCAUUACGAGAUAUGUUGGACAUACGGUUUUGAAGCUCAGAAAUUGCGCUUUUAAACCAUGUAUAUCAUGGCUGAAAAAAAUCCACCUGCUACCCGCCCUACCCCAAUAUUGUGCUAGAUAUUUAAAAAAUUUUCUUCCUGAUGUUAUAUCUUUUGCAGCGAUAUAUUAUUCCGGCGAGGGCUGGAAUCACGGACUGCCCAAAGAGAAGAAGGACAAUUUUACCGUCGAAGAUUUCAAGGAGCAUAUUAGAAACACUGUUGUGCUCAGAAAAUUCUUUGGCGAUCAGCACGAAGAAGCGGCCAAAGAGGUCGCCGAUUUUUAUUUGUCAACAGUGGAGCCGAAAGACCGCACCAAAGAGUUUCUAUUGGAUAUGUACGCAAAAGUAAGCAGCUAUGACACUUUUUAUGGCAUCGUUCUCAGCUAGAUAAUUCUUAAAUUUCAUCAAAAAUGUUUUUCAGGCCAUUGGCGACGUCAUGUUCGUGAUUCCUCAGCUCCGCGAGUUCCGGCAUAAGCUGAACUCGGGCUGGACCGUUUACAAUAUUAUGAGCACGUACAACGGGUAUAUCAAACGGAAUUUCCCGCACGUUGAGGUGCAAAAAACUACGCAUGGAAUGGAUUAUGAGUUUCUUUACGGUAGAGAGGCUUUCGGGAGAACGCUCGGAUUCACGGAGGAAGAUGAGCCUUACAGAAAGUUGCUGGUCGAUAGUAUUGUCAGUUUUGUCAAGACAGGGUGAGUCUUGCGUUGUUGGGAAAAUUGAGCCUGCCUGGCAAGGAAGAGAGCCGAAAAUUUGCGUGCGCCGAAAAAGGAUGAAUGAAAAAUUCGUUCUGAAGUGCAGAAGAGUUUGAGUGAAUUUCGAGCUCAGAUUUUGUUCAAACUUUACUAGUUUUCUCUGCAUAGCUUUAGGUCAAUUUCUGAACAUUUCGCCGUGUUCUUUUCAUUCGGGGCAGAGAUAUUAAAGGGCCCGUACAGCUACUUUGAAAAGAGAUUUUCUAGGCUUUGGGUGGCCUUCCGCUUUAUCGUUUGUUUUCGUGGCGGGACGCACCGAGACUUGAUGUAACUUUGUUUGAUCCAAUGUGAUGAAUAUUAGAUUACAAUACAUAAGAACGCCUCCCGAAGCCGAGAAAAUCCCUUUUCAAAGUAGCUGUACAGGCCCUAUAAAACGAACAGAACCAAAGUUUUUUGUGAAAAAUCUCGAAAAAAAUCUCAUUUUUGCGAACUUUCCACUUAAAAAAUUACGGUUGUCUCUGCAAAGCACAAGCUAAAAAUUUCGGAUUCCUCAUAACAAUAUUAUAUCUCAAUUCACGCCAAAAAUCAUCAUGAUCGGCUUGUCGAGUCUUCAGCAAUCUUAUCCAUGUCUUUUCAGCUCCCCAAAAAGCGAUUCCAACCCGAAUUUCGAAGCCAUUUCGUCGGCAAAGCCGUUGGUUUACACCGACCUCUCCAGUGAAGCAUUUGUGAAAUCGCCCUAUUUCGGUAGAGAAUUUGAAUUCUGGGACCAUAUGGCCGAGAAAUAUCGCUACGACCUCAUGUCCGGGACUUACAAAGAGGACAGAGAGAGGGUUGAACUUUGA